GAGGCAAAAGUGGAAAGCAAGGUGGCCUAAAAGGCAAAACAAAUCCAAUUUCCAAAUCCCAAUUCCUCUCUGUCGCUCUGUUUGUGUUUCUGCACAUACACAUUGGAGUUGGAUAAUCGCAUGCUCACAUAGCUCGGUAUUCGUCCAGUAUAAUGAUCAUAAGAAUUCAAUAGGGAGGGAGAAUUUGAUUAUGGAAUGGAAACGGUGGAAGUGGCAUCUUUCGACGUGAGAUAUUGUCGGUGGUGUCAGGUUCCUGUGAAGUUAGAGCCAUGGCGGACUCAGACAAGGGAAUGUCUUCUGAUAACAUAAAGGGGCUGGUGUUGGCUUUGUCUUCCAGCUUCUUUAUUGGAGCAAGUUUUAUUGUGAAGAAAAAGGGUUUGAAGAAAGCUGGUUCUUCUGGUCUCAGGGCAGGUGCUGGGGGUUAUUCUUACCUGUAUGAGCCACUUUGGUGGAUUGGCAUGAUUACAAUGGUUGUUGGGGAAAUUGCUAACUUUGCAGCUUAUGCAUUUGCUCCUGCUAUUCUGGUUACUCCUCUUGGUGCACUUAGCAUUAUUAUCAGUGCUGUCCUAGCUCAUGUUAUUUUACGGGAGAAGUUGCACCUAUUUGGGAUUCUUGGUUGUGCUCUAUGUGUUGUGGGUUCAACGACAAUUGUGUUGCAUGCUCCUAAAGAACGAGAUAUUGAGUCUGUCAAGGAAGUGUGGGAACUUGCAACGGAGCCAGCCUUCCUUGUCUAUGCUACUUUUGUCAUUGGAGCAGUCUUCGUCAUCAUUGUUUGUGUUAUACCCCAAUAUGGACAGACUCAUGUCAUGGUAUAUAUAGCUGUUUGUUCACUUGUGGGUUCAUUAUCGGUCAUGAGUGUUAAAGCAAUUGGAAUUGCUCUGAAGCUUACUUUCUCAGGCAUGAAUCAAUUACUAUACCCCCAGACAUGGGCCUUUACCUUGGUUGUGCUUACCUGUGUGAUCACUCAGAUGAACUAUUUAAACAAGGCUCUUGAUACGUUCAAUACGGCUGUCGUUUCGCCUAUAUACUAUGUGAUGUUUACAUCCUUAACCAUUUUGGCCAGUGUAAUCAUGUUUAAGGAUUGGGAUCGACAGAAUCCAACUCAAAUUGUCACUGAGAUAUGUGGAUUUGUGACUAUCCUUUCUGGAACUUUUCUUCUUCACAAAACAAAGGACAUGGUCGAGGGUUCUUCACAAUCAUUGAGACUUCCCAGGCACACACAAGACAAUGUAUUUGAACCUGAAGGGAUCCCUCUUCGGCGUCAGGAAUCCAUGCGACAGGCAUAGCUGUAAAUCCAUUGAUUCUCUGGGCUGGUUUCUUUCAAGAUGUUGUUUGUAUUUUGGGGGAGUGUGGGAACCAUGCCAUUAACCUGUACAUUACCAACACAGUAAGCUGGUUCUUUAUGUUCUUUCAGAGGAUAAUGCGCAAACGCGGCCUGAGUUAUUCUCAGGCGACUUUCAGCUGCUUCCAUGUACCGGGUUUUUGUCUUUUUGGAGUUAAAAAAAAAAUAUUUGGCAUUUUA